AUGGCGGACCCCAGCGGACGGAAGAGAAAGCGCGAUGUCGGCGGCUCCUCCAAGUCGAAAAAGAAAUUUGCCACUGACGGCUCUGCGCCGUCUAAAGUCUCUGUCUCCUCGGUUCUGAGACCGCAACUAUGCCCGCCAGUUCUUGCUUCUUCUCCCGGAGUGCGGAUAUCUAAGAACAUCCCCUUUAGCCCUUAUGUCAAGCCUGAGACUACCUCCGGCAAACGGAAACAAAAGACCCCCGCAGUGUCCCAGGACCUGAUUUUGCACUCGACUAGCCACCAAACCAUGGAUUACACGGCGAGAGAGGACGGUAUUAGCGACUCGCAGCAGGCACUCAAGCACUAUGUUGGAGUUUUUGAUCCCAAGACCGGCAAACUUGAGGUGGUGGAAGCCAAGAAAAUGGUGGUGCGUGGGGUGGCCAGGGCUAAGCAGGCAUCAGAUGAGGCCAUGACAGCACCGGCAGACUACCAGAGCUACUAUGCCCUGAAGACCGACCUUGGUCAGACUUUCGGUACAAGAAAGGCGAAGAAGGCUAUUGAAGCUGUUACCCUCAACGCUAUCGAUCCCAACAAGGGCAAAGAAAGCACGCCUCGGAAGCUCGAUACUGCCUCGAAGGCGAUUCUGCAAGAGAUUGGCGGUGUCACGGCGACCAUGGCAUCCCGGGAGCAGCUCCAGGCUGCGGUCGACGAAGCCAAGCCUGUGCCUCGGCCCAACCUCGAGGCCGACGCUAUCCAAGAUGUUUACGAUCCCGACGAGUUUAUUGGACGCGAGGUUCUCGCUGCUAUACCUAUCAAGGACUGGGUGGAGCCUACGAAGAAGGGCGAGGACGUGCAGGUGUACUCCAGACAUGUCGCUGCGCGUGUCAAGAAGAUUGUCGACACGGGUAACGUCAACAAGAUACGCCUGCUGCGCUACUUUUACUUCCUCUUCCUCUUCCAUACAAUGGCGCAGCCUGGAAAGCAGCGUGGUACGAAGCGUAUCCCCCCCAGGGAUAAGCUUAAGGAGCGACUGUCCCCCGCGCCCCAAGCCGUCAUUGAGCACAUUCGACGCAAGUUCUCGGAUGGCGGUGAGAUGCGCAAAUUUCACAACGAUCUUCUCAUCACACAUUGUUGCGCGCUUGCGUGUAUCAUUGACAACUUUGAAGUCGACACAUCUAAGCUUCGCGAAGAUCUGCGCCUCGACCAGAAGGAUAUGAACAACUACUUUUACGAAAUUGGCGCACGAGUUAAGCCUGUCGCCGGCAAGGAGAAGGGCAAGCAACACCAUGUAGCUAAGUUGGCGCUACCGUUGCAAUUCCCCAAGAUCAGAUCCAUCGCACCAAAGCGUCGUUAG